CUUCUCUUGCAUCGCCCCACCUUGGUGAUGAUAAGUGAGCUAGAAACAUCGUCCCAUCACCAUCCCUGCCCCUGCGCGCCGCGCACCCCGCCCAUCUCCGUUCCACUUCAGCUGCGCUUCCUUCUCAUUCAGCAAACGCACUGUCCUGUGGCGAGAGAGGGGUCCUUUCCACCCCACAGCCAAACAAAAGAAGCCUGGAAAAGGAGAAAAUCUAGCAAAGACUUCUUAAAGGGCAGGAGGACCCCUGAAUUCUGCGUUUUUGUGUGAAGACAGCAGCGUUCUUAAGGAUAUUGCAAGAAGGAACACUGGGAAGCUUUUUAAUAUCAAUCUAUUGUCAGUGUGUCAUGUGGAGUGUGGGGUCACACAGGAGGAUGACCUGUUUUUCACCUGUCGUUCUCCAGUGUCCAUCUGAACAGGUUUGCUCGCGAGAAGACUCUCUCUGAACAAUCCUCCAACGCGCGCUCAGAUGCUCACCUGGGUCUGUGUCCGGUUUUGGCUCCAGUUUUUAAAACCAUCGCCUCAAAGAUCUCACUGUCCGGGGUGAUUGAAGCGCUGGAGCGAUGCAGUCCAUCCUGUCCGCUGCUGUCCUGCUAUGCUUCCAGGUCGUGUUACUGUUCUACAGCCCAUUACAGGUGUUAGCAGUUGAAAAUGUUAACUUUGGAGUUCACGUAGAGAAUCAGACAGGGGUGCGGGAUGGCCUGAGCCGGAAGCACCAUCGGGUUUACCAACUAUACAGCCGGACCAGCGGGAAACACAUCCAGGUGCUCGGCAAGAAAAUCACUGCCAUGGGAGAGGAUGGGGACAAAUAUGCCCAGCUCGUGGUGGAGGCCGACACCUUUGGGAGUCAAGUGAGAAUACGAGGGAGAGAGACCAACUACUACUUGUGCAUGAACCGUAAGGGGAAGCUUGUGGGGAAGGCAAACAGCAGCGUAAACGGAGGCUGCGCUUUCAUCGAGAUAAUGCUUGAGAAUAACUACACUGCUUGGAUGUCGGCGCGCUACGUGGGCUGGUACGUGGGCUUCACCAAAAAGGGCCGACCGCGCAGGGGCCCGAACACGUUACCCAACCAGCGAGACGUGCAUUUCAUGAAACGCUUCCCUCCAGGAGAGCAGCCCGACCUGCAGCCCUGCAGCUUUACAACAGUCAGCAAGAGAAGCAAAAGAGUCCAGCAGACCUCCACCACUCCUCCACCACUCCCAUAACACAACAAACACUUGUGCGCAAAGAUCCCUUCUUACAGAGGAUCUAGAGACGCUCUUCUUUGAAACGCAAGUAGGUUAGACUUUAGGACCGACCUCUUCGCAGUCACAGUCAAAGGACGGGGUUGCUUAAACACUGUGUAAUCAUGCAAACAUAACCAAAGACUCCUGGGCAAGUGUCCAGUCACUAAACCCUGUCAAUAAGGGGACCAAGCACGAAUUCCAAAGAAUUCCCCUCUAAUGUCCAGUGCCACAGAUUUGUCCCACCAUGAAAGAGCAAAGCACUCUAUGGCUGGAACACUGACAAGUGCACGUCAUGAUGCGCAUCAGCUGAGACUUACCCGACUUGGAUG